AUGGGGUCUUCAUCAUUCUUUAUUAGAUACCCGUGUAAAUCCCCAACAGCUACAAUGCUCUCAAGAAUCUCCAGAAACGCAUUAGUCAGUGCCAAACUGACAAGAAAUCUUACAUCUACCCUCUUAAAAUCCCUGACUGCAACCAAAUCAAUUCGAUUCCUUGCAACUACAUCAGAAAAGCCAACUGAAGUUUUCACCAAACUUUCAGAUGCCAAUGAUCCAAAUAGAAGUCAAUUUUUCCAAUACACUUGGGGUUCAUGGUUAAAGGAUGAUAAAUUAAAGAAACUCCAACGUGUUACUUUCUUUUCGAUUGAAGGUAUAAGUUCAAUUAUUGAAGAAUUGAAUAUUGCUAGAAAUGCGAAAGAAAAUAUCGAUACCAGUGGUGAACCAUUACUUAAACAACCUCAACAAUUAAAAGAUGGGACAUAUAUUUUAUCUAACAAUUUAGGUAAGGAUGUAAUUGGUAGUUUAGGUGAAGGUACUUCUAAAUUGUUAAUUAAAUCUAUUGCUAGUAUUCAUGAAGGUAAACAUCAUCGUAUUUAUAAGAUCACUUUAAGUACUGGUAAAGAACUAGUAUUGAGAAUUCCAUAUAAGUUAGAUUCAGAUUAUGCUAUUUCUCAAAAAAUCAAGAGUGAAGUGGCUACUAUGGAUUUUCUUAGAUUGAAAUUAGGUUUAAAUGUUCCAAAAGUUUUAGCUUAUGGAGAUUCUAAAUUAAAUUCAUUACAAGCUCCUUUCAUUUUGGAAGAAUUUAUAGAUGGAGAAUUGUUAAUGAAGAAAUGGGUCCCAUUGGCUCCAGAUUCAGAAGAAACUACUAGUAAAUUGAAAUCGGUUAUUGAACCAAUUUCUGAAUUUCAAGAUAAAUUAUUAUCAAUCACUUUCAAUAAGUCUGGUUCCUUAUAUUUCCGUAAUGAUGUUGAUGUUAAGUUACAGAGUGAAUUACCAUAUGAUGGAGAAGAAAAUCCAUUGUUAAAGAAUAGGUGGAGGAUUGGUAGCAGUGUAGAAAGGCCAUUCACUAAGAACAAGAACAAGUUAUCCAAGAGUAAAGUUGACCAAUAUAAUGGUCCUUGGGAUGCUGAUAAGCCACUUGAUGUUGUCACUGCUGUUGCUGAUAUUGAAUUGGAAAAUGCAAAGAAUAGAUUAUCUUUAGUUCAAGCCGAUGCAGGUGAAACUAGUUCUGAAGAUUUGAUUAACAAACAAAUCAAAACUUUUGAACAUUUGAAACAAGUUGGAAAUCAAUUAUUUAAUCCAAAAUCUAAAUCAAUUAUGAAUGCUGAAGAAUUAUUUAAACCAAGAUUAUAUGUACCUGAUUUAGAUCCUUUGAAUGUUAUUCAAACCAAAGACAAGGGAAAUUAUUUCAUUGAUUUCGAAAAUACAACCAUUAAGCCAUUCAUUCUUAGUAGUUAUCCAAACUUUGUAGCUUAUCAUGGUGCUAAGAUUUAUAAUUUAGAAGAAGAUAUUCCAGGUUAUAAUCAAAUGGAUGAAGUUGAAAAACAACAAUAUCAAUUUAUGUAUUUCAAAACUAGAAAUGAAAGACUUUGGGAAUUGGAAUUAAAUUCCAAGAGACACGAUUUAAUUGCCGUUGCAUCGCCUCAUAUUAAAGUAUUAAAGAGUCCAUAUGUACAAGCAUUGGAAUUAAAGAAUGAUAAGGAUUAUCUUUAUGUUGAAGGUUCUAUUGUCCAAUUACAAGCCAUGUGGGAAGCUUAUGUUGCUAAUGAAUUAGUUGAUUCUACUGAUACUGAAUUCCCAAUUGAAUUUGAUCAAGAAUAUUUGGAUGAAUUCCAUAAAGAUUUGGAACAAUAUCAAGUUGAAACUGUUUCCAGUCCAUUUGCUGCCACUGGUGGCUGGAUUCCUCAAGAUAUGUUUACCACAUUGAAAGAUCAAGGUAUUAUUGUGGAAGGCGAAAAUGGGGAAUACAAAAUUGAAACUGAAAAAGUAUUAGAACAAACACCUGAAGAAAAGGAAAAUGAAGAUAAGAACUAA